UAUGGUUAGUGAAUGACGGUCGUGGUUGGCCUUAACUACAACCGGAAGUUGUGGUUUCCGUGGUAACAAGGUAAGUUGACCGGAGAAGUGACACUUGGAAGCUGCCGCCAAUUUGCGUGUUUUCACCGCAGACUCUUGAGCCAAAUGUCCCGAAAAGCACUGAAAGUGUUGGUUGAAGUAAAGUUCAGAGCGGUUUCUUGUCCUGGGGUUCAUUUGCCAACCAAGGAUGACGUGAACCUCAGCAUGUGCUUCAUGGGACAGUACCGUCAGUCUCAAUGUCUCCCUGCUGUCUUCCCUCUGCUCUUUCAUGAGAAGAUGACCUUUGAAAAGAUUUUCAGGCAUGCGGUAGACCCCGGAGACAUAGCUGUGAUGCUUGAGCACGAGAUGGUCAGAAUUGAACUGGUGCAGAUGUGUCCUCCAGCUGGAGACACUCUGGCCUGCUUUGAGGAAGAUGCUCGACAGUUCUUGUUCCCAGAGCCCAAACUGGUUCCUUCAUUCUCUGGAGUGGACCGAGAGGUUCUCAUGACCCGAGCGCCUUACUUUCCAGGAAUUGCUCCGAGGUUGGAGUUCUCCACCAAAACCACCAUCAUUGAGUGCUCAGCUGAUGCCCGGGUCAACGUUUACCCCAAUGUAGUCACGAGGCCCACGAUGAAGAGGAAGACCAAGCGCUCCAGCAGAUUCAGGACCUCCUCUCCUCAGAGGAACCAACCUCAAACAAUUGGAAGGACGCAAAGUUUCAGGAAGAAACGAGGCGACGCCACCACCAGCAGCUCGCUGCCACACGUCCCCAGAUCCCAGUCCCUGUCCCCGCUGAGAGCUCAUCAUCGUCUGUCCCGUCUCAGUCUGGACUCUGCAGCACCGGUCUCAGCUGACAUGGAUGCGUCCUGCACCUCCCAGCCUACGUUGUCCUCAUGGCCCGGAGCCACACGAGGAGACUCCUCCCACAGCUCCACAGUGUUCACCAGCUCCUCCUCACCUUUGAUCAGGUCUUCAUCCACAGUGCGAUUCUCUCCCACUGAGAGAAGAAGAUCAGUAUCCAACGGAUUGUCUGGAGGAAUAUCUGAAGACGGCUCCAGCUCCUCGGAAGCGCACGACUAUCGUCGCGGUCCUGAACCUUCACCGCGGUCGCGGCCUGACAGAGAACAAGCCACACACAUCAACAGGUCCGUUUUAUUGACCAGGUCUCCGUCCAGCUCUCACGGAGAGUGGGAGCAAGUCAACGAGCGUGUGCGAGGACUCCUCACGACGCCGAAAGCCGUGCGCCGACUCCUCUAUGGGGCCUCGGUGUCUGAGGUGGACCGAGUGUUGGCCAGAAGAUCUAUUUCUCCAGGUCCCCCGUGCUGAGAGGUCAGGUCUCCACGUUUUAUGUGACUCGUGCGUCAUUUUGGACGAUAAAAUAUUCAGGAAAACACAAUUAUGCAUUUAAAAAAGACUCGGAACAACUAUUGCAAAUUUAAUUAGAUGAAUUAUUAAUUGAUUUAUACACUUACGGUAUGUUUUAGCUUAUUUUUAAGUGUAUUAAUCCUUUUCUUUGCCUGUUGAGGGCAUGGAAGCAAAAUUAUCUCGGGAAAGGUCAAAGGUCAGUGAACCAGCAAGUUUUGAUAUAACUUUUAGGGACUAGAAACAUCCAGAUGUGGCUCUGAUGUGUUUGGUUCCAACUAAUGAUUGUUCCUACCAUAAAAUAUUAUUAUUAUUAUUGUCUAUCAAGUUAAAGUUAUAGAGAUAAUAAGAUAAUCAGUUAAUAGGAUAAACUGAGCUGUCGUCCAAAACUCAUCAACCCUUUAUAUCGCGUUUGAACUCAUGACCUGAACUUAAGCCACCAACCCAUCUGCACUCCUAACCCUUUAAAGUCCACUUUAAAGAAUUUAAGGGAGAAUCUGUCACCAGGAAUCAAAUACAAUGUUAAAAGGAUGUUUUUACUUGUGUAUAUUCUGCGUUUUUCUUACCUUUACCGUUUUUCAUAUACACUGGUUUGUCUGGUUUCCAGACUAUCCAAACAUCCAAAGUCCUCAUUGUCAAUGCACACAGACAUAUAGAUUAAAUAACAAUACGCAUGUUAUUCUGUUUUUAUGUGAACAAGCAAUCUCCCGUUCGCUUCUUCCUCCAGGAAAAGACACCGCACUCCACUUUUACACCAAUCCAGCCGUAAACACUGAUUUUUAAAUGCAGUGAUCAUGGCACACGUGCAAAAAAAUAACGUUUCAGCAGCGAGGCGGGAGGGGGGUGGGGUUUUGACGUCACAGCGUCUCCAUAUCGUUAAUCUGUCAAGCUGAUAUUGUCGAGUCCUGCGAUAAAUCACCGGAAGGCCUAUUAAAAGCAAACCGUGGCUCAGCGUGAACGCCGCCGUAUAUCAGGGGAAAAUGGCCGCUCACUGUGACGGCGCAGCAUUAAGCACCGGCUCCACCGGGAACAUUGUGAUCUACUGCAGAAUUGUCUGCUGUAACGGAGGCGUGUCAUGUCGCGGAGGCCUCGGUGGCAGCACAGGGGCUUUACGGGGUCAGUUUUAACAUAAAGCCUGGAAUAAUUCCAUGAAUAAUAGACGAGUGUAAAAGCAGCAGAGGUCGGUGAUUCCAGAUCAGUCUUAAAAUCCCUCGUUGGAAAGAAGCAGCUGAAAAGACUCAGAUUUCGGGUUUUCGGACAGAAAUCCAACUGUCAAAUCACAGUAGUGUCACUUCAGUAUGUGUAUAUAUACAUAUAUAUGUAUAUAUAUAUAUAUGUAUAGUGUGUUUUUAUCAUGAAUUUGACCUUAUGUUAUUCUCCUUUUAUUGUUUUAUUUAGUUCUAGUUUAUGUUUCGACUGCAGUGACUGCUUUCCGUGUCCUGUGUAACUGUGUUGUGAAAGGUGCUGUGGUAAAUAAAGUUUUUUUUUUUACGA